AUGUCAAUCAUUCAGAACUGGGUCGACAGUUUUAAACGGGCCCCUGAUGAAUAUGGAGCGGAUCCGGACUAUGCAGGUGAUGGCUGCGAGAAAGAAGGCAAGCCAGAAAUUCUUGGUGACGAGAACUAUGGCAAUGCUGAACGGUUUGUGGAAACGGACGACCACAGGAUGGUUGCUGUUCCCGAAAAGUCAGGUCUAAAGCGUACUCUAGACAAUCGCCAUGUGCAAUUCAUUGCCUUAGGCGGUGGCAUCGGUACAGGACUGUUCAUUAGCUCUGGCACAGAGCUGGCAACCGGAGGACCUGGAAGUCUCCUAAUUAAUUUUAUUAUCAUUGGCAUCAUGCUCAUUUCUGUCGUUUUUGCCCUCGGUGAGCUAGCUGUCACUUUGCCUGUAUCGGGAGCAUACUCUGCUUAUGCCACAAGGUUUAUUGACCCUGCGUGGGGUUUUGCUAUGGGCUAUAACUACUUUAUUAAAUGGAUCAUAUCGGCCCCUAUUGAGUUCACAGCCGCAACUAUCAUGGUUGCGAGUUGGGAUGAGGACAAUAAUAUUGUACCAAAAGGGGCUUUGCUGGCCAUGUUUAUCGCGUUGAUUACAUUCAUCAAUAUUUUCGGUGUUCGAGGAUAUGCUGAGUUUGAGUUCGUGUCUACCCUGGUUAAGAUUAUAACCGUGAUUGGCUUGAUUAUUGUACUGAUUGUGAUUGAUUGCGGUGGAACACCGAAUGGCGUACAUUUGGGCGCACAUACAUGGCACGAUCCUGGAUCUUUUAAUAAUGCGUUCAAAGGUUUCUGCUCAACAUUUGCUGGGGUUGCGUUUGCCUUUUCUGGUUCAGAGCUUGUUGGUCUAGCUGCAGCUGAGACCCGUGAGCCCAGAAAGGUUCUCCCCAAGGCCUGCCAACAGAUUGUGGUCCGUAUCCUUAUUUUCUACAUUCUUUCCCUAUUCUUGAUUACUUUGGUUGUGCCUUAUGAUCAUCCUCGCCUGCAAAGUGGCUCGGGCUCAGCGUAUGACCCCAGCCGCUCUCCAUUCGUUAUUGCCAUGGAUAUUGGAAAGAUCAAAGUCCUGCCUCACAUUAUCAAUGCGGUGAUUAUUCUCUCCACACUGUCUGUCUCUAAUGCGGCUGUAUUUGCAAGUAGUCGCACAUUGCUCUCCCUCGCUGAACAAGGAUUCGCACCAAAACUGUUUUGCUACGUGGACCGCGCUGGCCGCCCUCUCCCUGCUGUGAUUUUGACACUCCUGUUCAGCUUUAUUUCUUUCCUUAUCUAUUCGGCUGACCAGUCGACUGUAUUUUCAUGGCUGGUAGGUCUUAGUGGCUUGGCCAUGAUUUUUGCUUGGGGAUCCAUUUCUCUUUGCCAUAUCCGAUUCCGUAAAGCUUGGAUCAAGCAAGGAAACAGCAUCGCUGAACUGCCGUGGGCAUCGCCUUUUGGCGUUACUGGCUCCUAUAUUGGCCUUGCAGUGAGUAUCUUGGUGGUGGUUGCCAACUUCUAUUCAUCUGCUUUCCCAAUUGGCGAAGGAGAGCUGAGUUCCGACGACCGAGCAUAUCACUUUUUUGAAAAAAUGAUCUCUCUUGCGGUCAUAAUUGUCUUUUUUGUCGGGUACAAGCUUUACCAUCGGACAAGGAUCGUAUCGCUUGACGACAUGGAUCUCCACACUGGACGACGAGAAGCUGUGCCUUUGGAGGUGCUAGAACAAGAGCGGGCCGAGAAGCGUGCGCGACCGUUGUUCAAAAAACUUUUGGGACUUGUCUUUUAA